CCUUCCUAUUCGUUUGUUAUAAAGCAUUCUCUUGAUUAAAAGUGUUCCCCUGAUGUUUUUGCCGUGUAUUGGAGCCGAAACAGUACAAGCAAACGAUAGCAAUGAGUGAAGAAAAAAAAUACAUCUCUUUGCGAGCUAUUUUGCGGUUGCGAGUUGAUUCCUACAACAACUGCAGGAGGUUUCCCCAGGUACCCAUUUACCAACCAUCCCAAUAGGAAGGAUGAACAACUGGGUGGGCUGCAUGCUGACUACCCUGGCUGGGAUUCACACCCAGGCCCACAGAUUCAUAGUCAGGAAUGCUAAACACUGUACCACAGAGACUAAGUUAGGUGUGUAGAGGUUGUGGUGCCUAAGUAAGAUGGUGGUGACGGACACGAUGGAGCCAGGGCACGGGGCAAACAUGGAGGGCGGCGGCAGCAGCGGCCGGGGCAUCUCCACCACAACUCUCCUUUCUGAGCUGGACCGCUUCCUGGGUCUGGCCAUGGCCAAUGGGGACAAAAGAAGUCAUGGGGGGAGGAGAGAUGCCUCCAGUGAGAGAGAUGAACAGACCACAGCAGAAACAGCGCUCUUCCUUCUGCGUAACUUACCUCCGGCCCGGCCUGCGGCGCUGGCCUUCCUGGCCCACACACUCUCCAGUCAGGUGUCAUCGCACAUUCGAGGAUAUAGCGGGGGAGAAGGCUCACGGAAAAAUGAAAAUCAAGAUGAAGGCCUCUCAGGACAGCUUGAGAGUCUGCUGGGUGACCUGCUGGAGUCUGCCCCAGGGGUGUGGGGUCCUCUUGUGAGUCAGUGGGCUGUUGAGCAGCUAGGCCGGUGGUCGGUGGAGUGGGCCAACACUGUGGUGGGGCGUGGUGAUGCAACACUGGAGGAGGUGGUCGCCGGCUGGUUGUCUUGUAGUCCUGCACGCACUCUGGCCGCCCUGACGGUGGAGUGUGUGGCCCAUGACCCAGACACAGCGGUGGCAGCCCUGCUGGAUGCCAGUGCUGCUAGUGGGCCUGCUUUGGACUGGCUGGUGGCCCAUGUCGGCUGUUCCUUUCCUGCCACAGUCAUCAGUCGGGUGUUGUCUCUCGGGCUGCGCAGCUUUGCGUCCUGCCAUGGCCGCCCUCCUGAGCACCAACUGGCUAGUGUAAACAAGAUUCUAAACCACCUGGCAGACCGCCACCUGGCAGACAUUCGCCGCAGCCUCCACACCAUCCUGCUGCGCACCUUUGAUGGAGCAACAGAUGCUGAGGCUCAGGCAUCAGUGCCUUUUCUGCUUUGCUUAGCCGUGACCAGCAGGUCCCGCGCCGUGCUGGCUGCCCUCACGUCGGGCCUCGACACCCUCCUCAUGCCCAGUGAACGCCUGGUUGCCCUUGCCAGCCAGGUCAGCUGGUGGGUGCCAAGGUACUUCAUCUCUCAUUGCCAGCUUCAGGAAAUGGUUGUUCAUUUAGUGCUGGACACUGGUGGCUCUGCAGCACCCUCCAUCUUGCACCUCCUGCUGCAAGCUCUUGCACCUGCCUCAAAGCUGCCCAGUUCAGUGGCUGGUGCUGUUAACAACAUUCUGCAAGGAGUAGUGAGUGAAAUAUGUAUGGUCACCUACAUGAGAAGGAACACUAAUCCAGGCCGCAUCCACAUCCCCUUCCUGGUUGGUCUGCGUGGCGGUGGGCUGGACGGCAGCGAUGUAGGCAUGGCAGUGGGCGGGAGGGCUGUGUCCCCUGUGGCUGGUCUAGUAGAGCAAACAAUCUCAACACCUGGGAACCAGACCUUGAUAAACCACUUAAAACAACUAAUAACUCUUGUUGUUGUGCAGCAAGGCCCAGCCACGGCUAACACGACCCUCGGACACUUGUUACGCUGCACCACCAAAGACGGUGCCAGCGGUCACCAGGAGAUCCUGUCUGCCGUAAUCACCGCCCUCAUGGUCCAUCAAACAGCUCGACAUUCACACACCUCACCGCUGUCCACAGCACUGGCCGGAACACUGCAGCCACAGAUGGCAACCUUCACUGUUCUCAACUCACUGAACAGCCUGGAAACCCUUCUCUGCCAAAACCACAAAGACAGACUCCACAUUCAUGCGUCUCUUACAGAUGCUUUGUUGACUAACAUUCCACUUUUAUCUGAGCUCAUCAAUGACCCUGUAUUAGGCACUGCUGCCAUGAAGGUACUUUGUCAGCUGCCUCUAAAGAAGCCAAUAGCUGUUGGCCAUGUGUUGUCUCUCAGCCAUGCUGUUAUAUUUUACUUUUACAGCAGCCUACACCACACAAGCUCGAUCAAAAAGGUGUCUGGUGUUGGCAGGUGCCAGCGUGUGUUGAGUCAGCUGUCUUGCUCAUCCCUUGGCCUGAACCAGAUUAUUAGACUUCUUGUGGAGAGUGUGUUUCAGCCUGAGUGUGCUCACCUCUUCGGAGAUGUGAAAAAGCCAGACUUUUCAUCUAAGGACACUAAGGGGGAACUGUUGAUCCAGGCUAACAGACAGUUCAAUUCUUGGGUGAAGGUUCCUCAGUCUCACACAAGCAUCUUCCACAUGGGAACAAUAGGUAGCGGACAUUUUUCAAAGCACAACCAAUCCUCCACACCCUCACCAGACACAGUCAAGUUCCAUACACAGCUGCUGCUCAACACUCUCAGCGUGUGCUGUGCAGCACAACCCAAUGGUGAGGGGGCUUCCACUGUUGCCCUCCUGCUUGUAGAAUUGAUAUCCCCAGAUAUUAUGUUCAAUGGCUUUCCUUGGCCAGAAGAAUACAUCAAAUUCACCUUUGAGAGGGAUCUUGCCAUCAAGAAGACCUUUGAUGACUACCCCGUGGCAUGGUACUUGCUAGAGUUUGUGGCCACACACCGCGCUGCUCUGAGCUACUGUUCGGUGCUGGUGCGGGCACUCACCGCUGCCCUCACUGCCUUCUGGAACACCUGCCCCCUGGCCACCACCAAGCAGGCUCCAGAGGCUCUCACUGCCACACACCGUCUCUUGGAAGUGAUGGUGACGGCUCAGUUUCUGCCCGGCCCCCUGCACAUGCUGCCCCAGAUUGUUGCUGUCCUGGCCCCCUUUGAGCUGGUUUGUAUCCUCCAGGACGUGUGGAUGUUCAUGAGGGACCACACGCCCUCCCCAGACCGGUGGCAGGAGUUGCCCUCAGGGUACUACCAGCGUGCCCCAGACCCCCCCAUGGCGCGGCACUACACCGAGCGCAUCCAACACAUCAUUCGCUCUAAUGUGGAUCGGGUUGGCCACCUCAUGUCCUACAUGGUCAGCUCUGAGUCAUGAGUAAACAUUUUUUCAUUUGUCAGUACUGUAGCUUAUUAAGAAUAAUUGUUUUAGUAAAUUUAUACAUGUU